AUGGAAGACGCCGUGCUGUUGCUGCUGAUGCUGUUCGUGCUGGUGAUGGCGUCGUACAUGCUCGGACAGUACUCGUGCAUGUUGGUGUCACAGAGCAGUUUCGCGCUCAUGUUUGGACUCUUCGUGGGACUCUUUAUGAUCGUGGGUGGCAAGCACGCGGCGCUGCACACGCACUUGAACCUGGACAACAGCCUCUUUUUUAAUGUCUUGCUGCCACCGAUCAUCUACGAAGGAGGCUUCUCGAUCAAGCGACAGGCUUUCUUCCGCAACUUCCCGGCAAUCAUGAGUACGGCUGUGCUGGGCACUGUCGUUGCUACCACCGGCACGGGCGGUAUCUUGUAUCUCGCAGGCUUAGCUGGUCUAGUCACCAAGCUGUCGUGGGUUGAAGCCUUUCUCUUUGGGACGCUGAUCAGUGCGGUUGAUACAGUAGCGACGCUCAGCUGCUUCGAUAAGCUCAACGUCCCGCCGCUACUGUUCAAUCUCGUCUUCGGCGAGAGCGUGAUGAAUGAUGCCGUAGCAAUUGCGCUGUACCAGACGCUGAACAAGUGGGAUGCAGAAAGCAACUUUACUGCUAAGCAGCUGCUGCGAGUGGUGCUUAACACUGGCGGUAUGUUCACCGGGUCGUUGCUCGUGAGUGCUUUGAUCACGCUUAGUGGAGCUUUUCUGCUCAACCGUCGGUUCUUCGCGACAUUGCGCUACUACCCGAGUUACGAGAUCUCGCUGUGCUUGAUUUUUAGUCUGCUCACGUACUUUGUGGCGGAUAGUCUAAAGCUGAGCGGCAUUGUGGCGCUCUUCUUUUCGGGAACCAUGACGGCGCACUACCAUUUCAAUACGCUAUCGAAGGAGGCGCAGCAUGCGUUCACACACUUGUUGCACACGCUGGCGUUUGUGUGCGAAAACAUUGUGUACGUGUUCAUGGGCACGUCGGUGGUCAUAAUCUUUGCUGGUCACAGUGAAGAAAAUGCCGGUGCUGCUCUACGCGUGGACGAUAUCGACUGGUCUUUCAUCGGUCUUACACUAGUGGCCUGCAUCGUUUCACGUUUCUUCAACGUGUUCCCGCUACUGAGUAUGUGCAACUGCAUGCGUUCUCAGUCAAAUCGAAUUCCAGUAAAGUACAUGAGCGUCAUCUGGCUCGCUGGUCUUCGAGGAUCGAUGGCUUUUGCCUUGGCCAAGAACUGGACGUACGUUGGUCCACACGGAGCAUCACAUCGCCGACUGAUUGAGUCGACGACUCUUGUGGUGAUUCUCAUCACGACGAUCUUUAUUGGCGGUCUAAUGGGCCCGCUGCUGUCGACCUUCCACCUCACUGGCAAGGCCGACGACCAGCUCGGCCAAUCCGACACAGACAGGGGCUCAACAACUGCAUCAGAAUCCGAAGAGACUAUAUCGCGGCUAGUCCAACGAAGUGCACGUCACUACGACGGCGAGUUGCAUGGCGUUUUAGCGUUUCCAGAAGAAGAACUCAUCACGACGAACCGCGACGAGAGUGGAAAUGUGAUUCCGAUCCUCACAUCACGGCCACAAUUCCACGACGCCAUGAGUGACGACAUGGAGGACUCAGAGAUGGCUUCAUCCACGCAUCGCACUGUUGAUCGACCUCCGGGGGAUUCGCUGACCGGCGCGUUUUUCCGCAACUGGCAGGCAUUCGAUGCCACAUACAUGCAGCCAGUGUUUGGAGGAUCGUUGCAGCGACCUACUGCAGCAACAGCUGAUGGCGCUUCGACCAAUAUGGGCCUUGACAAGGUACCGGUGGCGAGUGCCGUGUAA